UUCCCGACGUAAACUUUUAUUUUUGGCGUUUAUUGUUUGCUUUCAUAAACUGUCUGUUUUUGUUUCGGAGCACCGGAAGUGACCGAACAGUUGCAGGCGGGAGGAUGACGCUGUCAGCUGUUAGCUAACCAGCUAAAGUGUCCACAAUGUCCAGAGAGCAGGUGAGUAUCAGUGAGCUCCUGCUCUCAUUGGACAAUGCAGAGCUGCAGGAGGCGGAGCAAGUCAGAGCUGCAGUCAGCCAGCAGCUGAGUACAGACAGAGGAGGUGCCGUUGUCCCCUCUCUGGUGGAGUAUUACCUGGACUCGUCCUCGUCUCAGGCGGUGCUCCUCCUGUCCUCCGUCAGAGAGCCGCAUCACAAGCCCCUGCUGGAGAAGCUCAGUGAGUGUGUGGGCAGACCCGGGACCAGACUGGCUGCUCUGACCCUGCUGGGUCACCUGAUCCGGAAACAGCCUCCUUGGGUUCAUCACAUCAGCCGCUCGCCCCUGCUGGCCUCCCUGCUGCGCUGCCUCAAGACAGACGCUGACGUCGUGGUCCUGAUCACCGCAGUCCUGGUCCUCAUCACUCUGUUACCCAUGAUCCCUCAGGCCGGGAAGCAACACAUCUACGACUUCUUCGACGUGUUCGGACGCCUCGCAUCCUGGAGCUACAAAAACCCUGGUCAGGUCUCUGUCGUUCACCUGGUCCACCUCCACGCAGGUGUGUACUCCCUGUUCCACCGCCUCUAUGGGAUGUUCCCCUGCAACUUCAUCUCCUACCUGAGGCUGCACUACAGCAUGAAGGAGAACCUGGACACCUUCCAGGAGGUCGUCAAGCCAAUGCUGGAACAUGUCAGGGUUCACCCAGAGUUGGUCUCAGGUACUCAGGACUAUGAACUGGACCCGACCAGGUGGAAGUGUUAUGAAGUCCAUGACAUUGUGAUCGAGUGCUCCCGAGUGUGUCUGGAUCCUCUGGAGUCGUCCUGUGAGGAGGACACUUACUGCUCCCUGAGAGACCCUCCCUCUUCACCCUCAUCCUCCUCCUCACCCAGACCUCCCCUGCUGUCCUCCUCUCACCUGAACAUCACCUCGGAGACGCUCAGCAGCUCAGGAAGUCCAAUGUGUCCUCCAGUAUCUGGACGUCUGUCUCUGACCCAGCCGAUGCUCCACAGCUCCUACACACAGGCUGAUGAUGUCACCUGGAGCCCCUCCUCCCAGUGUGGUUUGUCAACGCCCCCCCCUGAACCUGCUGCUUCAACAGGCUCCGCCCACCCACUGAGCAGGACCACCUCCGUCUCAGGUGUGAAGUGUCCCUCAUCAGCCACCGUCCCAGUGACACCACUGACUGAGGGAGACCAAGAUGGCGGUCUGACUCCUGGCCACAACAACCAGGUGAAGCCCGUCACAGAACUGGAGCGGUCGUCCUUUCAGCCUAUCACAGAGAAAGAGGGAAGAGGCCAGAGUGAUGUCAUCAACAGCGAAGAGCCUUCCUCCUCCCAGCCCAUCCUGCUCACCUCCACCCCUGCUCGUGAUGAGGCUCCAUCAGGUUCAGCCCCCUGCCCUCUUCCCAGCACCAUCUCGCUCUGCUUCACGCCCCCUCGGCCCUCCACAGAGGAGGAGGGAGCCUCCGCCCUGUAUGGCCCCGCCCACACAGACCAGAGCCCCGCCCCUCCGUACGAAGCCCUGUUUGAGCUCGCUCUGCCCCGAGCCGCCACGCUCUUCAUUGGGAAGAAGACAAAGGAGGUGCUGGACAGAGCAGCAGGUGGAGAGGAGAAGGACAGGGACGAGGAGCAGGCCUCCGUCUCUCCUCUGGAGGUUCUAGACCAGCUGAUCGUCCACGGACACGACGCCCACGAAGGCCUCAGCAGGAGGUUGUCAGCAGUGCAUAAGUCGGUGGAUCGAAGUCAUUUUGGAGGUAAACAGCAGAGCAUGAAAACCAAAGGCCCCGCCCAGGGGGAGGAGCUUCAGUCUCUGAGGAGUCAGUUGCUUCUGGUCCACAGUCAGCUGCAGUACGAACGUUUCAAACGUCAGCAACACGCCAUCAGAAACCGCCGUCUGCUGCGGAGAGUCAUCAACGCCACCGUGCUGGAGGAGCACAGCGUCGCCAUGAAGGCUCAGCUGAGCGUUCAGGAUGAAGAGAUUCGAUCUCUGAAGUCCAGUCUGGGUGAAGAGCAGAGACGAUACACACAACUGCAGCAGGACACGCACACUCACACUCAGCAGCUGCACACACACAUCCAGCAGCUGUUGCUGCAACAGCAGGACCAGCAGAGAGACAACCAGAGACUGCAGAGCGAGCUUCAGGAGUGUCAGAGCAGGUUGAAGGAUCUGGAGGCGGAGCUUCAGAAAGCCAAUAACGAGGCUUACAAUGCAGAGCACCAGCUGACCCAGCUGUCACUCAAGCUGUGCAGCAGCGAGCAGCUGCAGCAGCACAUGUUCAUGUUGAACCAGCAGCUCGUCCUGCUGAGAGAAACGAACAGACGACUGAUGGAUCAGCUGGAGGGAGGAGACACACACCAGAGCACUCCGACUCGGACAACACAGUCUGUUUUGAGCUCAAACCUGCAGACAUCAGCUCUUCACGAUCGAUCUGUGACUCUGUGUGUGUGUCAGGAGGCGUUCAUGCUGCAGUGCAGUGUGGGUAAGGAGUACCAGCGGCUGAAGGACAGUGACGUCCAGCAGAGACAGAAGCUGGAAGCAGCCAAUCACAGGAUAGCAGACCUGGAGAACCAGCUGGCCCAUAAAGAGCAGCUGAUCCUGGAUCAGAAGAAACUUCUAGAGGACACCAAGACCCAAAGCAGAGCGGAGCUGUCGGCGUGCGACAGUCGCUGUGUCGCUCUCAGGAGACUCACUCAGACCCUGCAGACUGAGAUGCUUCACCUGUACAGCCAGAUCCACCUGGACGCACAUACCCACAGCAGGCCUCAGGAUGUGUGCAGCAGGCCAAAUGGCAGCAGCAUCCCUUUGCCGGCCCCUCAGGGCAGCCACAUGCCCCGCCCUUCUUCUUCUUCUUCUGUAGGGAGAAUAAACGGAGGUGUGGAGGCCCUCUCCACCUCUCCUCUGCACCUGCCCUCCUGCUCCUCCUCGCCCCUCUCCCUCUCUCCCAUUGACUCCCCCCUGGCCGUUGGCUCCUUCCUGGAGCAGCGCGCCCGGCAGCUGUUCAGACCGACCAAUCACAGCCAGGAGGAGAAGGAGCAACAGGAAGGGGAGGAGCAGGACCAGGAGGAGGAGGAUGAAGCCCAGCCAGAGAGCCCUCCUGUGGGCCAAGAGGCGGAGGAGGCCUCCCUCCUCUCAGGGAGUCCUCAGACGGAGCUCCAACACCGAGAUUCAGCUCACAGCUGCCCUGCCUCUGGACCUGCAGCGCCCCCUACAGACCUGACCCUCGCUGUCCGUCACAGGAGACAUGAACUGAGCAUCAUGGACUACGAUGAGACGCUGCCAGAGUACUGAUGAUGAGAUCGGCUGCUGACGCUCCAGUCGCAUCAGGACCUUCAGUCGCAUUUGAAAUGAAAAAUAAUUAACUACACUGACAAAGACCCAAAUCCAGCAGCACAGAGGAGUUCAUCUGCAUCUGGACAAGUAUGACGAGCUAACUGCUAACAUGCUUGUUGUGCUGAGUGCUAAAUGUGAGAGAUUCAUUGGCAGCUAAAGCUCCACAGCAGUCUCCUAAGCUGUUUUGCCUUAUUCUGCUCAUUCAGAAAUAUGUUGCUAAUGAGCUAAAGGAAUCAAGUUAAUGUUUAAUUAACAUGACAAGCCAGAAAAAGCUUAAGUGACAGUGAGGAUGAUGGAUGAACACUAAGUGUUAGGGUUAGGGCAACACAGCAAAGCAAAGGGAUAACUCAAAAAUACAUUUAAUCCAUAAAUAAGCUCAGGUUUUCCCCUAAAUGUGCCUUUUGUCUUUAAUGUUAAUGUCACAGUAUCACAGCAUGAAGAUAAAAACACGAUUCCUGUUUUAUCAUACCAUAACAUUUAGCUUCUAAGCUAACAGGCAUUUUGGGAGACAGUAAUUAAAACCGAUUUUACCUCAGAUGAAUGUCUGUUAAUCCUGCUGUGCUGUAAAGGAAAUGAGUUGUCAGCUGUGACUGAAGGUCCUGAGUUUAAAAGACUGAUCGUGUCUGAGAGACUUGUAGUUGCUGCCAGGAAACAACUUUUUAAAGCCAAAAAUAAUAAAAGAAAAUGGAGAGAUUUA